AUGCGACUCCACGACCAUUUCCUUCUGGUUCGGGUGGUGUCAUUUUGCCGCCACUUCAAUCUCCCCUCUCCUUCGUUUCGUGUUUCGUCCCCUCUCCUUCGUUUCGUGUUUCGUCCCCUCCCUCUCCUGUGUUUCGUUUCCUUCGUUUCGUGUGUUUCGUCCCCUCUCCUUCGUUUCGUGUUUCGUCCCCUCUCCUUCGUUUCGUGUUUCGUCCCCUCUCCUUCGUUUCGUGUUUCGUCCCCUCUCCUUCGUUUCGUGUUUCGUCCCCUCUCCUUCGUUUCGUGUUUCGUCCCCUCUCCUUCGUUUCGUGUUUCGUCCCCUCUCCUUCGUUUCUUGUUUCGUCCCCUCUCCUUCGUUUCGUGUUUCGUCCCCUCUCCUUCGUUUCGUGUUUCGUCCCCUCUCUCUCUCUCUCUCAAUUUACAUAUAUUAACUAAGGAAAAUGUAGUUAUUAUUAAAAUUGGUCUUCCUCCCUCCCUCUCUCUCUCUCUGUCCUCUUCCUCCCUCUCUCUCUCUCUGUCCUCUUCCUCCCUCUCUCUCUCUCUGUCCUCUUCCUCCCUCUCUCUCUCUCUGUCCUCUUCCUCCCUCUCUCUCUCUCUCCGUCCUCUUCCUCCCUCUCUCUCUCUGUCCUCUUCCUCCCUCUCUCUCUCUCCGUCCUCUUCUCUCCUCUCCUCCCUCUCUCUCUCUCCGUCCUCUUCCUCCCUCCUCUCUCUCUCUCUCCGUCCUCUUCCUCUUCCCUCUCUCUCUCUCCGUCCUCUUCCUCCCCUCUCCUCUUCCUCCCUCUCUCUCUCCCUCUUCCUCCCUCCUCUUCUCCUCCCUUCCUCCCUCUCUCUCUCCGUCCUCCUCUCUCUCUCUCUCGUCCUCUCCUCCCUCUCUCUCUCCCGUCCUCUCUCUCUCUCCUCUUCCUCCCUCUCUCUCUCCGUCCUCUUUCCUCUCUCUCUCCUCUCCUCCCUCUCUCCUCUCCUCUCUUCCUCCCUCUCUCUCUCUCCGUCCUCUUCCUCCCUCUCUCUCUCUCCGUCCUCUUCCUCCCACUCUCUCUCUCCGUCCUCUUCCUCCCUCUCUCUCUCUCCGUCCUCUUCCUCCCUCUCUCUCUCUCCGGACACUUCUUUUCCUCCUCCUCCCCCAACUGCAACCUUUUUUCAGCCGUCGGUUGAAAAGUAUUCCAAUGUCGAGGAGGACCGUCCUGUAUCUACUCAACAGUCAAGGUCCUUCAAAUUAUUGCAGGGUUUGAUGGACAGUGGUCAAGAACCCCCAUCUGCCCUGAGACCAUUGAGCGCCACUACCACACCCAAUGGAUCCCGAAGUGUUUCCCCCCAACCACAAACAGCUCCUGGAAAACCCAACAGCGUCAAAGCCAUUGGGAACUGGCAGUACAAUUCUCCAAUUGGUCUCUAUUCCAAAGAGAAUGUCCACUCAACUUUCCAAGAUCAAUCAAAGAUCCUUUCUGGUCAAGAGUUGCGAACUGCUGAUAAUACAGAUGUGAGUAAAUCUAACCCUGUCUCUACCACUGGAAAUAACGAGAAAAAUUCCACUGCACAAGAAUUUGAUGAGGCUGGUCGGCAAGUUUACCGACCUUCAGAGACUUACAGGCUCAUUCACCAACAAGAUGAAGAAAACAAUAAUCAACAACCUUUGUAUUCGAAAACAUUCAAACGACUUCAGCAAAAACUGGAUGAGAGCCCACAACCACAUUUUUCACCAGCUAGUGCCGUACCUCCUCCUCCACCAGCUGGCACUGUUCCAGUGACAUAUAUUCCUCCUCCACCUGUGGCCCCGUUGGCUAGAGCAUCUCCUGCUGCCGCACCAGCUCGUGCUCAUGCUGCUAUGCCUGCUCGUGCACCUGCUCCUGCUCCGGCACCAGCUCCAGCACCCGUAAGGGCUGCAUUGCCAAGGGGUGUUCCACCAAAACCUACUGGCGUUGGUGCUACCAAAGGCAAGAGAGGAGACGCUGUCUAUCGAACCCAAGAUCAAUUGGCCGGAAGAAUCCCUGUAUGUGCUCAAUGUGGAGCCCAAAUCAGGGGUCCUUUCGUGUUGGCCAUGAGCAAAUCCUGGUGUCCUGAUCAUUUUGUCUGUGCCAACCCCAAUUGUGGUGUCAAGCUGUUUGACAUUGGAUUUGUAGAGGAAGGCGGCUACCUGUAUUGUGAGAGGGACUACGAGCAAUAUUUUGCUCCGCAUUGUUCAAAGUGUUCCAAUGUCAUUGUUGGAGAAUGUGUGAAUGCUUUGAACACAACGUUCCAUCCUCAAUGCUUUGUCUGCGUACAAUGUAAAAAGCCCAUGGGAAAUAGCAGUUUCCAUAUUGAGGACGGAGAAUAUUAUUGCGAUGCUGAUUGGAAGGCCCAGUUCCAGGCUGUCUGCUUUGGCUGCAAAUACCCAAUUGAUCCUGGAGAUCGCUGGGUAGAGGCUUUGGACCACAGUUAUCACUCAGACUGCUUUUCUUGCACUUCGUGUCAUGUCAGUCUGGAGGGACAGCCGUUCUAUGCCAAGGGAGGUAAACCCUAUUGCAAGAAACAUGCCAGAUAA